UGCUGGCACCACUCGCACACAGGCGCACAAUGGUGUUAGCUGGGCAGAAAGAGUGGCAUCUCUGGCUACCGGGCUGGGGGCGACCUUUACCAUAGGAUGAAGUAACCUUGCAUUCGGCUGCAAGGUGUACUGUACGUACACAGGUGCUGGUCGAUGUCCACUUCUGCUUUUCCUUCUUUUCUUUUCUUUUUCUUUUUUUUUUUUUUCCUUUAAAAAAUAAUUUCCCCCACAGUAAAAUCCAGACUCCUGAGUAAAUUGAUCUUCCAGUUUGAUGGAAUUGAGAGUCUGACAGUUGAACACAAUUUAAUGUAAAGAAAUUGGUUUUUGAGUGCUUUCUCUGUUGUUUUUUGGAAUUUCUUAAGAUGCUGGCAGUACCUUAAACCAUUGCCCAGUUAUUAUGCUUAUUUCCUUCGGAAACAGUGUGUGCAGACAGGAAGUAGCAGAAAGGACUGCGCUACAAGAGGAGGAAGCUGUCUAACUAGGCUUGCUGUAAACCUCCAAGCCUAUGUUUAAUCUAACAGACUGCAGUAAGCAUUAGAAUCCUGUCUAGAGCUCCUUGGGAGGCUGAGGCAAGUGGAUCACAAGUUCAAGGCCAGCCUGGGCAUCUUGAUGAGACACUGCUUCAAAGCAAAAAAACCCAGCAAAACUUAUUUAGAACCUUCUGCACAGUCUUUGGAUGUUUAAAAUCUAAACUGUAUGUGAGCUUGUUUUUAAGUAAUUUAACUUUUAUGCUGAAAAUGGCUAAUGAUUAUAGUCAGUUUGGAAAAAAUAAGACUGUUAAUUACCAAAAAAUACUGUAAUUAUAUUAUUUUAUAAAAUAGCAUUUUCAUUUGUGUAAUGUGGUUUAACAUCUUUGUUGUUUGCCAACAAAAUUACAUUUGGCUGUGAAAAUUCUCUUUUCUUGCAGUAUCUGUUUCUCUUCCUAGGCUCUCGGUGGUGACCCAAGCCUUUUGUAAACAAGUGAUUAUCUCAAAGGGAGAUGCCAAUGGAGUAACAAUUUGCUAACAUUACAUUUUCUGUCUGUAUCUAUUUUUAAAAAUUGGUAGUUUCUGGAAAAAAGAGAAAGGGGUUUUCCUCUGGAAUAUGGAUAAAUACACCAUGAUAAGGAAACUGGAAGGCCAUCACCAUGAUGUUGUAGCUUGUGACUUUUCUCCUGAUGGAGCAUUGCUAGCUACUGCAUCUUAUGAUACUCGUGUGUAUGUCUGGGAUCCACACAAUGGAGACAUUCUGAUGGAAUUCGGGCACCUGUUUCCCCCACCUACUCCAAUAUUUGCUGGAGGGGCUAAUGACCGAUGGGUACGAGCUGUGUCUUUCAGUCAUGAUGGACUGCAUGUCGCGAGCCUUGCUGAUGAUAAAAUGGUGAGGUUCUGGAGACUUGAGGAGGAUUGUCCAGUACAAGUUGCACCCUUGAACAAUGGUCUUUGCUGCGCCUUUUCUACUGAUGGCAGUGUUUUAGCUGCUGGGACACAUGACGGAAGUGUAUAUUUUUGGGCUACUCCAAGGCAAGUCCCUAGCCUUCAACAUUUAUGUCGCAUGGCAAUCCGAAGAGUGAUGCCCACCCAAGAAGUCCAGAAACUUCCGGUUCCUUCCAAAGUUUUGGAGUUUCUCUCCUACCGGGUUUAGAAGGAAGACUGCCUUUCCUGGUGGGGCCUGACAAAACACUUUUACAAGACACACCUCAAGCUUUACCAACUUAAGCAUUUGUUCAUAAAGGCUCGGAAGAUUUAUUUAAUUUGAUUGACUCUUAUACUUCGUUUCUUUUGUUAGUUGAACUUUUAAAGCAUUAUUUAUAGACCAUAGGAGAAUAUUUCUGAACAUAUCAUGUAAUUUUUUUUAAAGAUUAACUGUGAAAACAUAUACAUACCUGUAUAUAUUUAGAUACAAGCUGCUAUGUAUUGAAUGGGCCUUUUAGUUUUCUAACUCUUAGUUCUGGCCUGUAUAUAUUGCUUCAGUAGAGCCAUGGUGUAUAUAUGUGCUGUUUGUUGGAACAAAUUUAGUGGAAUUUUUGUUUUGUAUUGGGACACUGAGUUUCGAUGAUGCUGAAUUAAAGCAGAAUUGCCUCAUAGGAAAUGGGAUUGGUUAGGAUGGGUGGUGUCGAACUGCCUGGUGAAAGAAUUUUUGUAUAUGGCAUAGAUUUUCUGCAAGAAUGGUGUCAGGGAGGUUGAAUGUGACAUUUAAAAAAGAGCCAGUAAAAAGGUAGCUAGAAAAGUUGUUUCUCUUUAGGCCUUAACUUUGGAAAGCAGCUACUUACCCCUCAGAGAAUAAAGUAUUAUGCAUUCUUGUCAGUUUGAGAAAUACACCCACUGCAUUAUUGCUAAAUAUUUUGUUAAUACUAAGGGACAGUUAUUUUAAGGUUGUUUUUUUCAAAGAAACAAUCACAUACUCUGUUUCUGCAGAGAAUAUUGGUGACUUACCAAAGAGAAGCAAUAAAAUGUGUCUGCUUUUGCCUUCUGUUAUUUAUCUCAUCUGCAGAUGUUGAGAAUGUAUGCAUUAUGUAAAAUGCUUGUUUUAUAUCUUUGUUGAGUUUUUUAAUUAAAAGAUAUAAAAAAUAA